AUGAACCCAGGUGCUGCCCAUCUCCACCAUCUCCCCCUUUCCGCCGUAGGCUGUCCAGGAUCGGCCGCCAAUGCGGUCGCGGCCUUCAACGAGAAGGACGGACUUCCCGGCCAGGGCGAGGUCACGUGCGGCUGUGAGUCCGGCGAAGCCAGCCCCAAUGACGAUCACGUCGUAGUGUGA